AUGACUACGCCUUAUGACACGGAAAUAGCAAAUUUUGUAACAGCAUGGGAGAGUUUUCUAUGGAAGCGAAACAGAACGAACGCAGACGAAUAUUUGAAAGUACUAUUCCAGCAGGUUGAUAAAAUCCUCAGCGACUUAAUCAAGAAAAUUGGCCAUCCCAGUGGUCUGAUCACUGGCUUCUGUGGAAGUAUAUAUCACAGAGAAGGGGAAGGCGCAUGCAUAAGCAGGUGUCGAGAAAUUGCGAAUAUUGUGCUAUACAUGAGAGGGUAUGAGUACAAGAAGGGACAGAAUCAGUGGCAGAGACGGAGCAUACAGAAAAACAGGGAGGCCACAUUUAAGGAAUAUUUAAAAUGCACAGUAGCGACUGAGGUUCUUUUGAGACUGUAUGGAAGGAAUACAGACCAUAGGAAUAUUAUAAAGGAAAUUUCGGACACAUUGGAAACGGGAGAAGAAACGUCAGGCCAGAAGUUUGAACGUGCAGCAUGCGAGAACAUCAAUUUUGGGAAAGUAAUAUUCCAAUCUGGGAGUACGGGAAAAGGCAUACAGAGUCGAUUGGAGGAAUUGAGUAAACAUUGGGCGCCACUAAAUGUAGGGCGGCGGUAUCGAGCGUCAGGAAAAUGUGCAUGGCAGGAUACAGCGCUGGAUGCUGAGAAAGAGGAACAGAGCACUACACGGGAAUGUGGUACGAGGCAAGGGGGGGACGUGAACGAGGAUGCGGAAACGAGGAACAUAAUGGAAUGGAUUAACGUUGAUCCUACGGGGCGAGUGCGCACGCUGUUAGCGAAUAUCAAGAAAAGUAAGGGAUCGGCGGGGAUAUGUGACAUAGAGCAAAAGAUUAAGGAGAAGGUAGAGGACACCGUGAAGCAAGUGACGACACAAGCGAAGGCGCGGGAUGAAGCCGCUGACAGCGGCAAGGCACCACAAGGGAAGCCCCCCUCCGACGGACCCGGUGCAAAGGUUGCCAAGCCUGCACCAGCCAAACCAGCACCAGCCAAACCAGUAGCGGCGAAACCGGUGGCAACGAAGGAGACGACGUCAUCGGGAACGACGUCAACGACGAUGAGGGCGAAGACCGAACGGGAGGAGUGCCUGGGGAAGAAAAUAUCGGAGUGGAAGCCCAGGGCAAUCUACGUGGGGCAUCAGUAUACUGAAAAAGAUUGGGAACCCGUGAAGAAGGUGUUGGAGGAGUUUAUUGCACAUUUGAGGGACAAUACUGAUAACUUUGACGCACUUGGUGCCAACUGUGACAAUAAAUCUUGGAAUGAUAUGAACGACGUUACAUACUAUAAGGCACAGAGGGUGCCCGAUAUGAUGCGGUGUAGAAUCAUGUCGGGAGCCUUGUGGUUUGCAAACCAGCCGGGACACAAUGAGGACGUCAACAGGUUAAGAUGUGAAGUGGCCCAUGUUUUGGGGCACUUAUUGAAAACCAAGUAUUGUGAACGUAAGACUCCGUUUACAAGAGGUACAGAGUAUGCUUGGCAAACAUUCAAGAAUAUGCAAAGCCAAGGGCAAAGUGGACAUGGAGCGCUGCAAGGCCCUGUAAUGGACGGAACGUGCACAAUGUGUGGAUAUGUAGGUCAUACAAGGAACAUAACAGCAAUAAAUUGGAAGAUAGCAGAAUGGUUAUUGUAUAAUGCCGGAAUAAUGGAAGAAAUACAAAAAAUGGAGCGCGAUUGGCCCUGUGAGCAGUAUUGGGAAAAGUAUAUUCAGGAGAACGCAAAAGAAGGAGAGAGAGAUAUCAGUAAAAUUUUGACACAACCUGGAAUUCAGAACAUGAAGCAAGCACAGAAGGAAAUAAGAGAAGGAGCGAAGAAGGUGUUUGAAAAAGCAAAGGAAGAAGGACAAAGGGAAAUUAACGAACGGACAGGUAAGAAUAUCAAUAGUAAGUAUACGACUACGCCCGAAUACGAAUAUACGACCGAAUACGCCUGGCCCAUAUAG